AACCGAAAGAGACGUUUCGCUGGCGAAACAAAAGUAAGCAAGGGAGCGAGCAUGGAAUAGUCGAGCGGAAUUCUUGGCUAUGAAUUUGUCCUCUUUUAUUCUUGCAAUUUUCCGAAUGGGAUAAAUAAAAAUGGCUCCUCCAGGCGAGCUUAAUCUUCUAAAAGAACCCCAGCUUAAGGACAAAGAAAAAGAAUCCUACAAUGGAUAUAUUACGACUACGGUCGCUUCGCUUGACAGACCGCACUUCACAUCUUGGACGUUGUUGAAUGGUAAGGUGCGAAUUGGGCCUGUAGAAUCGGGUAGUGGAUUUAUUUUGCUCUGCCUACUAUGGCUUGUCUUCGCCUCAGUGCCAGAAGGAGUUCUUCAUGGAUUUUGCUCGGUGGUUCAGCGUAUCUUUACAAUAUUUUUACCGCUUGUUUGCUUGAUUUGUGUGUUUUAUUGGGCCGAACUUCUCAUUCAUAAAUACUGCAAGAGCCAGAUCUCGUACGCUGUGUUCCCCGUUUGUCUGUUAGGAGAGCUUUGUACACAAGUUAUCCUUGGUGGAUCGGAUUUCCUGCGAACUACUUUUCUCUUUACUCUCGUGAUGGCUGGACUCGUAACACUUGUAUUUUCUAAACUUAAAAUUCUACCCACAAGUAUAGCGCUGUUGUUACUUACAACCGCUCGAUUGUCAUGUUGGAUUACACUUCGUGAUAUUCCGUCUUUUUUGCGGCCAUUUCUAGCCUAUUUUUCAGCGUUUAGUGGGCUGAUAUUAUCAAGAAACAUUCAAGCAUGGUUUUCUCCAUCCCCGGGCGAGACCAUUCAAAGCAAAGCGCCUCUAAUACGGAGACGAACUUCAAGCGUUUCCUCGACUAGCAGUUUGAACAGUAGAAGAAGAACUUCUCUUCCAGCGCUUGGAAUCCAAACCAAGGGUUCUAUAGACUGCACAACACUGGGAGAAGCUCAUGGCAUGAUCUCUGACCUACUAGCAGAUUCUAAUGUGCCUCCUAAUGUGGCAAGCACCCUUAAAAUAAUCAGCACAAUGAUCGCACCACCCACUGCUUUCCAUGCAGUACAGCGGCCAUUUGUUUCCGCCAUGUCACCCCUUAUAGAAAAAUUCCGGGAUGAGAGUCAGGAGGACAAAGUGAGAGAUCAACCAGAUCUUAAGGAUGACAUGCCUUUGCCAAUGGUUGGGCAACUCCAGCGAAUAAGGCGCACGUUAAAUUCCCAAGGGAGGCGCAUGUCAAGCACGUGGACGACCACAACCUCCGCCACUGGCAUGCCUACUCUAGAUCCUGACGUCACAGUGGGUCGCACAACACCUGUUGUGACAUUCACUGAGCACAAUACUGUUAGUCACGCAAAUAAGAGCCCUCAAAAGUCUUCACUAGCAGAAGGCGCUAAUAUUACCAGCACGAAAAACGGUCCUCAAGAGACUUACACCAAGCAUAGACCCGCUUGCUUCAGCCACAGCUUUCCCACUCAGGCUUCACCGGGUCUGUCGCGAAAGCUUUCCCCGGACAUGGCCCCAUCUGGCUCUCCUCUUCUCCAAAGGCGUUCGCCUGAUCGGGCUGCGGCAACGCCGACUUCUUCGUCUCCUAGUCUUCUACGGAAGUCGCCCGAUAGGAUGUUUACUUCUUCGAAUGUGUUCAGAAGACUUAGUAAAGAAGAAACGCAACUUGUCAAAGAUGCUCUCGAUCAGGCAGAGCAGGAGAAAGAGACGGAAGACGUCGUUGAUACUGUGGGGAAAUCUAAACCAUGUGACUGUGACUGUCACGCAAAUCCCUCGUCAACAAAACAAGAAAAAGACAAUAAUCAAACAAGUAAUGAGUCUGUCAAGAAAGCGGACAGUGUUGAGGAGAAUCCGGUUUUACCCAAAUCAAAAGAACUUGAUAAACUACUAGAUCAAAUCUCGGACUGGAAUUUUCCGAUAUUUGAUGCUUGCGAACAUGGAAAUAUAUUGACUCAGGUUACAUACAAAGUGUUUCAGAAAGUUGGACUUUUUGAGGCAUUUAAAAUUCCAGAGGACAAAUUCCUCAGUUUUUUCUUUGCAUUGGAAAGUGGGUACCACGAUAUUCCUUACCACAACUGUAUGCAUGCUUCGGAUGUUCUUCAUGGCGUGUUCUUUAUGACAACAAAGAAGAUUCCUGGCUUUGGUCCAUCAAGCUUAAAACUUGGCGAUGAUAGCGAGUCGGAUUCGGACAGCGGACUAAACGGGGAAGGACGGCAGAAGAGUAAUACUGGUGAUUAUGGAAUCUUAAUGGACUCUAUUCCUCAACUGGAACUACUGGCAUUGUACACUGCAGCCACCAUGCACGAUUAUGAUCACCCGGGGAGGACAAACGCUUUUCUUGUGUCAACUCUAUCGCAGCAAGCUUUAUUGUAUAACGACAGAUCAGUGUUGGAGAAUCAUCACGCCGCUGCUGCAUUCUCACUUCUUAUGUCAGAUCCAAAGUUUAACUUCUUGUGCGGGUUAGAACCUGUGGAAUUCAAACGCUUCAGGUUUCUUGCGAUUGAAGCUAUUCUGGCCACAGAUCUCAAGAGACACUUUGAUUUGCUCUCCGAGUUUAAUGCCAAGAUUUCUGAAGAGGGUGGUGGAAUAGAUUGGUCGCAAGAAGCUGAUCGACUUCUGACCCUCCAGAUAUGCAUCAAAAUGGCGGACAUUUCAGGACCGAGUAAGCGUAGGGACUUACACACUCGCUGGACCGAGAGGAUUGUUGAAGAGUUCUACGAGCAGGGAGAUGACGAGCUUGGGCGAGGCAUGCCUAUAUCUCCUUAUAUGGACCGUGAUCAUCCUCACGUGGCGCAGCUUCAAGAAUCAUUCAUCAAUCAUCUGGUUGCUCCUUUAUACAAUGCGUACGCAAACGCCGGACUUCUACCGGGGGAGUGGGUCGAUGUCGAAGCCAGUAGUUCGGACUUGGAGAGCGACGAUGAAGACUCCAGCGAAGAAUCACCGAGGAGUACCGAAGAAGAACAACAGCGAAGGAAGCCAAAGAAGUCCCGACGUCGAAAGCGACGGAAGAUAACAAGCGAUCUCACGAAGAACAUUGAAAAUAAUUACAAAAUGUGGUUAGAGGUUAUUAAGCAAGAAGAAAGAGAAAAACGAAAAUUGAAUAAGAUCGAAACAGAUGAAAGCGAACGACAAGAAGUAGAAGGAUCUGACGAGGAGUUGAUGAUGAUAGAGACAUCCUUGAAAGAUGAAAUAAUUGAGGAAGAGGAGAAUGGUUCUGAGUCUGGAAGCGCUGCUGAUUCACGCAAGGAAAGUAACUCUUAAGUGAGCUGACUUUGUACUUAACCCUGUAAAUUAUAAGCUGCGACCAUACUGUGAACUUAGGAAAAAAUUAGCAUUGUCUUUUAAAAUGUACUGGCAGGCGCAAACAAACCUGAAGGUUUUCUGUCUUUUCGGUUAACCGUGAUGUUAAUGUGGUAGAAGUUGUGGCCUUUUGUUGAGUGGUUGUCGUGUUUGUGAUUGGUGACUUGUAACUAAAGAUUGUUAUGUGAAUUAGAUCAU